AUGACUCCCUGCCAGGACAGUACCUGGAUGGAUGAACUACCUGCGCUCAGCCUGGAGGGAGGACGAACCGACAGUUCAGACAGGUCCUUCACGCCCACUCACCACAGCUACUACUCUUCUAAACAUGAAGGCAUGAUGGAGGAGAUGCUCACCAGUCACCAGGUUUCAUCCCUUGCCAGGGAGACUGAGAGGGAUUCGUACCGGUUGAGCUGGGGCACAGAGAACCUGGACAACGUGGCUUUGUCCUCCAGCCCUGUCCAUUCAGGCUUCCUGGUCAGCUUCAUGGUAGACGCCAGGGGCGGAGCCAUGCGCGGCUGUCGACACAACGGCCUCCGCAUCAUCAUCCCGCCGAGGAAGUGCAGCGCCCCGACGAGAGUGACGUGCCGACUGGUGAAGAGGCACCGUCUGGCCACCAUGCCCCCGAUGGUUGAGGGGGAGGGUCUGGCCAGCAGGCUCAUUGAGGUGGGACCCUCUGGAGCCCAGUUCCUUGGUAAACUCCACCUCCCCAGUGCCCCCCCACCUCUAAAUGAGGGAGAGAGUUUGGUUACCCGAAUCCUCCAGCUUGGUCCACCGGGGACCAGAUUUCUUGGUCCUGUCAUUGUGGAGAUCCCUCACUUCGCUGCCCUCCGAGGGAAGGAGCGCGAGCUGGUGAUUCUGAGGAGCGAAACAGGAGAGAGCUGGAAGGAGCAUCACUGUGAACACACUCAAGAGGAGCUCAACCAGAUACUCAACGGCAUGGACGAGGAACUGGAAACUCCCGAAGAGCUGGAGAGGAAACGCAUUUGCCGUAUCAUCACUAGAGAUUUCCCACAAUACUUUGCUGUGGUGUCACGCAUCAAGCAAGACAGCAAUCUGAUUGGUCCUGAAGGAGGCAUCCUCAGCAGCACCGUUGUACCACAAGUUCAGGCAGUUUUUCCUGAGGGGGCGCUGACCAAGAGGAUCAGGGUUGGACUGCAGGCCCAGCCAGUGAGCAUAGAUGUCGUGAGGAAGCUCCUGGGGAACAAGGCCAGCUUCAGUCCCAUUGUCACUCUGGAGCCGCGCAGGAGGAAAUUUCAUAAACCCAUCACCAUGACAAUCCCUGUCCCCAAGAGCAACUCCGACCCCGUCCUCAACGGCUUUGGAGGGGACACACCCACCCUACGAUUGCUUUGUAGCAUCACGGGUGGAACAACGCCAGCCCAGUGGGAGGAUAUAACAGGAACUACUCCGUUAACUUUUAUUAAUGACUGCGUGUCCUUUACCACCAACGUGUCUGCCAGGUUCUGGCUCAUAGACUGUCGGCAAGUCCAGGAAUCGGUCAACUUCUCCACUCAGGUGUAUCGGGAAAUCAUCUGUGUCCCUUACAUGGCCAAGUUCGUCAUCUUCGCCAAGACCCACGACCCGAUUGAGGCCCGAUUGCGCUGCUUUUGCAUGACUGAUGACAAGAUUGAUAAAACACUGGAACAGCAGGAGAACUUCGCCGAGGUGGCGCGCAGCCGAGAUGUAGAGGUCCUGGAAGGCAAACCUAUCUAUGCAGACUGCUUUGGUAACCUUGUUCCCCUCACGAAAAGCGGCCAACAUCACCUCUUCAGCUUUUACGCCUUCAAGGAGAACCGGUUAGCACUCUUCAUCAAAAUCAGAGACAACACUCAGGAGCCGUGUGGCCGCUUGUCAUUUAUGAAAGAACCCAGGAACUACAGGUCACUUGCACAAAAUGCUAUAUGCAAUCUCAACAUCACACUUCCAUCAUACUGCAAGGAGUCUGAUUCAGACCAAGAACAAGAGGAAGAGACCAACAGACUGCUCGAGAAAUAUGAAGAGACGGAGACGUCAGUCCUGAAAUCAGAGCUGAUUCGAGAACCAGAUCUUCUAUCCGACGUGUCAGAGAUGAAACAAGAUUUGAUCAAAAUGACUGUCAUCUUGACUGCAGACUCCGCUGAGAAAUCCCCUUCCUUAGGAGGGUGUGGUCUAGAGAAAGGGACCGAGGAAGUUUCUGGAGAAGCGUUAGAAACAAUGGAAAAAGACUUAGAGAAAGUCAAAGAGGACCUAGAGAAAGUCAGUGAAAUACUGAGGGGUGGAACGUAUGAGGGUGAGGUGGCAGAGGAGGCAGCGAAAGCAGCUAGAAUGGCUGAGGAAUGGGUUCUCCUCUCAGACAGUGAGAUAGAAGAAGCCAAAAAGAUGGCAGCUUUAGAAAAUCAAGAGCUCGUCUUACGGGAAAGUAGAGGUAACAGAGGGACUCCCAGACCUAAAGCCAUCAAGGACAGUGGUGACCUUAAAGAAUACCUGCUGGAUGUACCAAUAAGCUCUAAAGUUAAAGCCAAAAAAGAGACAAGUUUCCAGGAAAGAUUCACUGAUGUUGUGCUACGCAAAAGUACAAAACCAACCACUCCAACCAAAGUACAUGACAAACCCCCACUGGUGAUGUUAAAAAGCCACAAGGCUACAGAUGACCACACUACAAGUCCACCUAGCAAAUCCUAUAGCCAUCCAGAGCCUCCCAAAGAUGCAGAAUUCCCCAAGGAAACUGUGCCCAAGCCCCUCUCCCCUGACACCCCUAGUUCUGAAGAGGUAAGUUAUGAGGUAAACCCCAAACCCCCUGAUCAUUCAUUCCUCUUUGCUCUAUCAAAACCGGCUGUCAUCCCUGAAGACCCAGAAGAAGAUAAUGCAUCAGACAGCCACGAAGCUAGGAGAAAGAUCACUCCUGAGGAAGAGAUGUUUAAGAUGGCAGCCAAAAUAAAAACAUUUAAUGAAAUGGAACAAGACGUGAAGAGCAAAACGAAGUCUAGAAAAGAUUUGUUUUCUCCAGCAGAUGCCAAAAUAGGGGAUGACAGCUGUGAAAGUGAGAAGCUAUCGCAAAGUGAAUGUGGGUUCAGUACACCCACAGAGGAUUCAAAAUUAGCUCUUUUUGUUGAUCCCCUUAUUAAAGUACAACCUCCCUCUCCUUUUUCAGCAGGUUUGAAUGAUGGAUGCCACAGCAAAGAGGCCAAGAGCACAUCAUCAACCAGUGUCACCUCAGAGGGACCUCACUCUGUCUCAGACCAGCAUCAUUCAAAAUCCCAAAUGAAAAAAGAAGAAAGUUGCCCAUUAUCUGGAAAAGCCAAUAAAGCCAAUAGCAACACAAAGGCAUCAACAUCAAAUACUAAAAAUAGGACUGAUGAGCAAAAGGAAGAAAGCUUAAGGAAAUCAAGGGAAAGUAGAGGAGAUGAUACGCAUGGUGAAGAGUUAGAGAUUAGUGAGCCACAGACAGGUGUGCUGAAAAGAUGUAGUAAUGUCACAGAUGAAGUUAAAGGAGAUCAGGCCGGACUCUGUGAAACUGUUAUUACAAGUAAGACACAGGAAACGUUUAAACCAGAGGUCUGUAUCUACGAUGACACAGAGGAGGAUGACGAGACACUGGAACCUCCCAGGACCGAGUCCAAAGGUGUCACUGCAAGGGUAGAUACCGAGUCUUGGUCUGCAAUGCGGGAGGAUGAUGCCACUUUUGAAGCUCGCGUAAAAGAGGAGGAACAGAAGAUACUGAAUCUGGUUGUUGACCGUCAGUCUCCAGACACCACACCUGGUAGGACACCAACAGAAGAGAGCACUCCCACCAGUGAGCCCAAUCCUUUUCUUUUCCAAGAAGGGAAGCUCUUUGAGAUGACCCGCAGUGGUGCUAUUGACAUGACAAAGAGAAGCUACGAGGAAGAGGCUGUUGGCUUUGCCUUUUUCCAGAUAGGAGAACAGCCUUUAGAGGAGCCCAUCUUAGAAGAGCCCAGACAAGAGAGUCAAAGAUCUGCUACAGAACCGGAAGUUGGUCUCAAUUUAACACUAGAGGUUAAGACUGAUAACAGUGAGCAAUCCGAAGAAACAGCUGAUUCACAGCUUCGGUCCUCGCCUGAAGAUGAACAGCCAAGCUGCAAAGCUGAUGCCUCCAAAUCUAAAAUCCCCAAAAUGGGCAUUUCAGCUUCAGCUAAACCUACAAAGAAAGAUCGGACAUCCCCAGAACUUCUAGAGAUGAAAGCAGAGAUAACUGAAAGAUCCUUAGAUUUAGACACAAGUUCCCUUGGUCAAAUGAUAACAAAUGUACAGACAGCAGAUACUACUAUCACUAGAUCAGUUUACUCUGCAGGGGAAGAGUCCUCUGACUCUUCUCCAGAGGAACCACAGUCAGUAAUAGAAGCCCCCAAAACAACAGGAAAAUCCAAACAAAGCGCUUCCAGUAGUGUUAAAAAGACUCCAGUCAAAGCACCAGCUAAGCCUACUUCUUCUCAAGGCCGCGGUAAAUCAACAAUUCAUUCUCCAUCUCAUGCAGUUUCCCCUUCCAGCACUCCUAAAAAAGAGGCCAUCUCUACUUCUGAAUCUAAAUCUAGAAUUCCAGUUAAAGCUAGCACGAUGAAGCCUGACUCUACUGUCAAACGUGCUGAAAAUAACCAAGACAAAAAACUUAAGGUCCCUGUGAAGGAUACAAGGAGAAAAUCUGAGACAGAUGCAGGUCCCUCUGUGGAUGUCAAAACCAAGACUCCAUCUUCCAAAGCCAAGAGUUUCUGUGAGGGGGAGUCUCCCAGGUCAUCUAAAAAAGAACAGGGUCGUCCUUUGAGUGCUGAGGCGGCAAAAUCUAAGGGUUUUCAGUCCAGAUUGCCAGUCCGAGGCAAAAGUGGUCAGUCGUCACAUUCAACAACACCCACUAAAGAAAAAAGGGAGCCCUAUAAAGAGCCCGUUGAGUUCUUUGAAGAGAUAAGUGAUGAAGCAGCAAAACUGGUGGCUAGGUUGGCAGAGGCAGACAGAGAGCAAGAGGUUGCGGCCACCAUCUCAGAUGACGAGAGCAGUCUCAUUGAUCCUUUAGUCAUAGAAAGAGAACAUUUCCCUCCCUCAGGAGACAUCUUUCCCAUUAGACCACUGUGGGACGAACCUGUUGAGACACAGAUGCAGCGAAUCCCAGACGAUAAAGUCCAAAGUCAAGUAGAUCCACAGGAUGAAGCAGAGAGAAAAGAGCAACGGUUGGCCAUUAUAGCUGACCACCUUGGCUUCAGCUGGACGGAGUUAGCACAGGAGCUUGACUUCAGUGAGGAGAGGAUCAAUGAGAUAAGAACUGGAAACCCCAACUCACUUCAAGACCAAAGCCAUGCUCUUCUGAAAGUCUGGACAGAGAGGGAGGGAAAUCUUGCCACAGAAGCAACACUUAUCAAAAGACUGACAAAGAUCAAUCGAAUGGAUAUUGUUCACCUUAUUGAAAGCAGGACGUCUGAAGAAGAAACCUCACAUACGUAUGCAGAAAUCGAGUGGACCAUAGCACAGGACCAUAGUGAAGGUUUCGCUGCUCUUCAUGAAGACAUGGACAGCCCCAGGAUCAGCAAGCGUACAGAGGCUGCAAAAAAGAGUCCACGCUCAGGACAACAGGUUCCCAUAGUUUCAGCAGAAGACCUUUCAUCCAGUUUGUCAUCACUUCACGAGACAACAGGACGACCGGUGACAGACUCCACAGCAGCAGGCCUUCUUAGAACUGUUCACAAAGACAAGCCACAAAAAGAGAUGGAAACAACACACUUAUCACAAAGAACAUAUGAGGAAAUGACAGACUUGGUACACACUGGCAGUUUUAAACAAAUCAUCUUCUCCGGUUUCUUUGCAUCAGACUCUGAGUUUGUGGCCUUGCCUGUUGAUUGUUGGAUUAAUGAUAUUUCGCGACCUUUGAGCCCUGAAACUGCAGAAUCAGAGGAGGAAUUAGACUCUGGUCCAUCUUCAUCGUUACUUAUCAAAAGCCCAAUAGCGAUGUCACCGUUAGUAAUUCAAAUUGGGGAUAAGUCUGGUGAAGAACAUCCUAAGUGGCAAGAAAUGAAAGAAUUACAACCAGAAUUUCAGUCAUACAAAGAAUGGAUGGAGCCCGGAUCCCAGGUUGGAAGCUUCUCAACUUUACAAACCACCGUCUGUGAGGAAGACUCACAUGUUAAUGAUGGUGAAGGAAAGCAGAAGAAGACCCAGCCUGUUAGUGUUGAUGAUCUAAAGACCAAGCUAGCCUCUCAAAGGGCUCCUGAGACACCAAAGGAAACACGGUUUCAAACAGACGAUGACACACAGCUUCAGUCUGCUACAACAAUAACACAGCAGAGCAGUAACAUAGGUGUGCUCUUUGGUGAAGACAAGCUGAUGGCAUCAGUCCCUCUACAGCUACCUGAACACAGCACAUACACAACUCACAGAGCUGUUACUCCAAUUCUGCCUUCACGUGAGAAGGCUUCAUUUGCAUCCCACAGGUGCUCUGAGUGGGAGCUGUCCCUGAAGGAAGCACAAUCUAGUGAGCACUUUUCACCCUCGCCAACUCCUGAUCGAGAUUACCAGGCAAUGCUUCCAGAACAUCUGAGAGCUCCUGACUGUAGCCAAGUGUCCUUGAAUGACAGGAGCCUCCUGUUGUCAGUGUUCAGCGACUCUAUGUCAGCUAAGCUUGAGAGCCAAGCUCUGACUAAGAAAGAGUCUGAAACCCUUGGAGACACCGAAGACUUUUCACCAGACUUUAAGAAGGUCCUCACAGGAACUAGAGAGAAACAAGCGUCCGAAUCUGAAUUAGGUAAACCGAAUGUCCCAGUAAAGCAGCACUUCAAGGGCUCUGAAUCUCCACAGCACUCUGAUUCAGAUAUGGAGUUCUUUGACUGCAGACAAGCCUUCUCUGACUUUUCGGAACCAGAAGAUGUGAUUACCUAUCAUAUCUCUGAACCCCCUUCACCAGUACCUGGGAGUAGUCUUGAUACUGGCCUUCAGCGUGCUACUCAAGCAAACCAGCUCUUCUUGCGGGCAGAAGAUAGAAAUCUCUUCUCUACCAGCAGCGAAAGUCUUCCUGAAUUUGCUUAUGAUGUAGAGGCGUAUCAGACAGACAGUGGGCUCCCUGUACUGGAGGAGCUCCCUUCCAGAGAUCAGGCAGAAUACUAUGACGAUGAUGACUUCCUGGGACGGGAGAUAGCUGAGGAGCUAGGGAUGCUGUCCUCUGAUAGCUCAGAGGAGGAUGUACUGACCACCAGGGUGGUCCGACGCAGAGUAAUCAUUCAGGCCGAUAACCUGCCAGACAUCCCCCUGCAGACCCUGACAGAAGAGAAGUACAUCGAUGAAGAUGGCAACAUGGUGGUCAAGAAAGUCACGCGGAAGGUCAUUCGUAAAUAUGUGUCUCCAGACGGCAUGGAGACACAGGAAGUGACCAUCGAAGGCUCUCACCAGGAGUCGGUCCAGAUAGAGGAGGGAGAUGCUGUUUCAAAGGUGGUGAAGAGAACUGUGCUUCAUAGUGGAGGCGAUCAGAAGGAGCUGACCUUUUCAGAGUCCCCGGCUCUGAGCGCUGCCACAGCGUCAGAGUUUGAAGUGGAGCCAGUGCAGGGCAGAAAGGUCAGCAAGGUUGUCAAGACAACUGUGGUGAGAGGCGAGAGGAUGGAGAAGCACACAGGAGACCCGUCGCUGGCUGCAGACCUGCCUUCAGCCAGAGAGGACUUUGAGAAGGCAAUGAGUUACGCUGGAGGAUUUGGAAAAGUGCUAAUGCCGCAUAUAGUAGAGAAAGAGAUUGUACAGGAUGACGGUUCUGUGGUUAAAAGAAGCCAGAUGCGUAAUUCACGCAGCCAGAAGAGGACCGUGGUGAGGGAUGCUCAGGGGAAGCAUGUGCACCUAGAGCGCCUGGACAACACCGCAGAUGCCCUGCAGCCUGAUGCGCUGCAGCAGCACCUGCACCGACUGCUCCAGCGCUACUGUGAGGACACCGAGGAUGAGGAGGAGGAUGAAAACCUUAGCUGAGCAGCUGCUUCCACUGAUCUACAUUUUCCACUGAAGCUUUUGGUGACGUACACUUCCUCAGAUCGAACCGCCCUCUGUCCCUGCUCAUCACUGGAGUUUUUCUUUCUUCUUCUUUGGUUUGUCAGAUAUUGGAACCGUAUUUUUGUGCUUUAACGAUAGAUGUUCGCUCUGAUUGUGACCAAAGAUAGCCACCCCUCACCGUCCUGAUGAUUUUUGUUCGUGUUUCGCUUCCUGCGGCUGCUUUGAUGUGAUGUAGGUACGAUGCACCAAAGGCGGAUUAGAAAGAAAAGGCGCGUCUCGGAUGUUUCGCCUCACGCACCGGCCUCUUCUUGAAGAACUCGUGUAAACAUUUGUACAUAGGGGAGUUGAUGACAAAAAGUCAAGCUGGGACUGGAAAGAAGCUGAAAUAAUUCAAAGCAUUUACCACGUUAGCCCACCUGAACCUGCUGUACAUGCACCAGCUGCAGAACGGCCACAGUACACAUGAGAUUAAUGCCAGAUAAAGUGUGAAUGCGUAUCAUCAGAAACUCAGCCGACAUCAACCCGCCCAUCUGUUCACAAAGGCUGUGUGCUCACACCUUUAGUCAUCUGCCCUUACUUUAUCCACGUCUGUCCUUCCUGCACGUGUGGAGCAUUGUUUCUGUCACCUGUGUGUGCCGUGUCUACGGAGAAAGAAAGUAGUGAUGAUGAAUGUUUCGGUGCAGCACUCAUGUCCUCGUGCUUCAUGUUGGUGCUUUUCCUUACCUGCAGCUACUCGUAGCGUUUCCACACCUUUUAAAGCGCAGCUUUGACUGUUACUGUCAACAAAUCUACAGGAAAACCCAACGCCAGCUCUGCUUUUGCUCCUCUGCUGCACACAGCUGUCAUUGGCCAUGCAUGCAGCAACAUUUCCUCCAGCCUGCAACACUGACUUUAAUAUAAAAUGAAGUGUUGAGUCUGUGAGAAAAUGGACAGUUUGCCUUUGAUUUAUUAGGAAAAAUGGCAUCACAGGUUUCAUGGUCUCAGUGUUCUUCAAGCUCGUUUAGCAAAUUAUGGACGGAAAAUAGACAUUGGAGCAAAAACCAUAUGAGUUGGUAACAGUCGGAAGGAAGAACUAUCAACAGGAAGAGACCUCUGGUAGCGAUUAAAGAGAAAAUGAACAGCCCACAGGCUCUAAUUAGAUCAACUGAUCGCUCCAACAGAAACCAGUGGGUCCUUUUAGAGUCUGGUUAUGGUCCCAGUAACACUCUGUUGGUUUUGGGCUUCUCGUCAGAUUUGUAGACACGUAACAGCAGACUUGUCCUUUAGUUUUGUUUUUCAACACAUAAAUAAUGUAGUCGUGGAUUUGCUUGUUUCCUGUCAUCACUGUUAAAGCCACUUUAAACCCAGGCCGAGGCUUUUACCCGCUUCAUUUGUGACACCUGUGUUUCUUUAUUUAUUGCUGUGUGUGUGUGUGUGUGAGAGAGAGUUUGGAUGUAUUUUGAAGCUACAGGUAAACCUUUGUUUGUUCCUUUGCCAUCGCAGACAAACAGUUGUGUUGCUAUAAGGCGGCUGCGACGCAUUCAGACAUGAUUACGUGUGUUUGCUGUUCAUCUACAUAUUUUCCAUGUAACAAUGUUGCCAUUUACUUUGAUCCACUGGAAGAAUAAAGGUCAAAAAGAUAAAACCAAUCUCAUAACGGAGCAUCUUAAUUCCAUGGUGAUGACAAUAUAUACAUAUUAACAGUGCAAAUAUUUAUGCGGGCAUGUAUGACUUUAUCAGAUGAUCAAAAUAAAAAUGCUAAUGAGGUAAAAGAGCUGCAGUGUGUUUGUGGCACAACAAUAAAACUGUACAUGUCUCGAA